CCUCAUCCUCUCAGGCACACACGGCAUGGGAGUGUACCUCACACCCCUUCCAAAUGCAGAGGGUAGCCAUCCACUUCGGAGACCUGACCACCGAAUCCAAAUUCGAGGAAAAUAGAGCUGCGAUCCGGCUCCUGGCAAACAUAAACGCUCCUCUAGAACUCGUUAUUGCCAGCAACCAUGACAUCACCCUAGAUUGUCUUCCAGAAAAAGGUCGCAGAGGUCCAGUCACCACUCGACUCAGAACUGGCCAAGAAAGUAUACGGUGACUACGGAGAAGCCCGGAAACUUAUUGAUGAUGCAAGAGAAGCAGGAAUAGUCUUCUUGGAAAAAGGCACUCACCGUUUCACGCUGAGUGAGA